AUGAAGCAAGAAACAGAAACAGCCGAUUUUCACCAGCCACAUUCUGGUAACAACAGUACAGAAGAGUUCUCCAUGAAAGUUGAAGAGUUCCCCAUGAAAGUUGAAGAGUUCCCCAUGAAAGUUGAAGAGUUCUCCAUGGAAGUUGGUACAUCAGACAGUGUGGACGAGGGAGAUUGCACAGAGAUGGACGUUAAACCACGUUUGUUGUUUGUUGAAGAUACAG